AUGCAGGUCACAACCGCCCUCGUUACUGUGGCGUUCGCCAUGUUCUCGAUCAGCAGUGUCACUGCUGAUUGGCUCCAGCCGACUGCUGGAGCCAACUAUGAAAGCUACUGCAACCAAGGCAGUUCCAAGUCGAACAGGCUCCAUGCCUGCUAUGCCGCCGAUCCGGAUUUCAUCAAGCAGCUCGAGGUUUUCGGCAAGUCUUCCUUUGAUGGCUAUCUAAGUCGUGAUCAGAGAAACUUUGUGCUGCUUGAAGACCACGACAGCCCGGCGCUUUCUCUACUGCUGACGAAGAAGUACAGCCUCGCCGUGAAGACGUGGCAGGUGAUUGAUCCUAUCGACAAGCCGGAGGGGAAGUGUGUCUUUGUGCGCAUCUCGAACGCUGGACACCCAGACCAGCUUCUCAACUUCGCCAUGAGGAUCAACAAUGCACUCGGUACUGUGAUCCUGACUGUCGUCGCUUCCGGGCGUGCUGCUGCCGGAUGGCUCCCGAACACCCGUGAUGCCAACUGGGCAACCUACUGUGAGCGCAACGGUCAAGAAUACAGCAAGCUGCACGCCUGCUUCGAGGCGGACAGGGCGUACGUUGACGAUCUGGGCCUCUUCGAGAAGCACCACCCGCACCGCGGCGAGUCGAAGUUCCACGGCUUCCUAAGUCCCAAUAAAUCAAAGUUUGUGCUGCUCGACGAUCCGAAAGACAGCAGUGCAGCCUCACUGCUUCUGACAAGAGGCUACAGCGUCGCCGUCAAGACUUGGCAGAGCAUCACCCCGACUGGCCAAGAGGGUGAAAAAUGCGUCUUCGUUCGUAUCUUGACCUGGGAUACACCUGCAAAAGUGCUUCUGAACCAAAACUUCUGUGGCUCGGUCCCCGUCAAGCUCCCGGACUAUCUCUGGCACUGGCGUGCGCUUUACUUGCGAGUCCGGGUCUGCAGGCGGAAGCGCAAGGCCGGUCCCUCCGACCGACUCCUUCACGAAUUGAUCAAGUAUCUGACUCACAACCACAUUAAUCUCAGCCAGUCCCACACACUCACGCACACCCCGUCCAAAUCGCGUGGCAUCACUUUGAUUGCGUCUCGCAUUUGA